AUGACAGUCAUUCAAAGUCAGGACUCCGCUGGGUUAUUCGAGCGAUUCAGACUCGGCGCCAUUUCCCUCAAACACAGAGUGGUCAUGGCCCCGAUGACGAGGCUUAGAGCAGGUAAAGAUGAUGGUAUACCCAGCGAGUGGGCCGAGGAAUAUUACAGCUCUAGAGCUACUGCUACUCGAUCAAUUCACUCCUAUGGUGGAAGUAUCGACAACCGGAUCAGAUUCCCUAUUGAAAUCCUCAAAUCGGUGACUUUGGUCAUCCCACCUCAGAAGGUCGGUCUCAGGAUAUCCCCCUUUGGUACUUACCAAGGUAUGAGAGAGCCUAUAGGAGAAGAGUCCGGACCAAUCAAGACGUUUUCUCGACUUCUCGAAAAGUUAUACGAGGAGAUUCCAGACUUUGGUUAUAUCCAUGCUUUAGAACCUAGAUCAACAGGUGAUGGUGAUCAAUCGGAUGACAAGUUGAAUUUAAAAGACUCGAUAGAUCCUUUGCGACAGAUAGUCCUAAAACAUGGAAGUCAAUUUAUUGUCGCUGGUGGUUAUACACCUGCUUCUGCUAAAGUACAUGGGGAGAAGUAUAAUGAGUUGAUCGCAUUUGGAAGAUCUUUCACCUCCAAUCCUGAUCUAGUCGAGAGAAUCAAGAAAGAGCUGCCCCUCACCAAGUACGACAGAUCGACGUUCUACACUCAAGGUAAAGAAGGCUAUUUGGGAUGGUCGACAUAUCAGAAACAAGACGUUGCCGGUUCUGCAGUCGAAGCGAAAAUCGAUGUCGAAGCCAGUGCCAUCGAAGUUGCUGCUUAA